AUGGACUUGCCACCUCACAAUGGUCCUCGUAAAACCUUGGCCGACUUCCCAAAACCACCCUUGUACACCCCGAAAGACCAUUUGGGACGAAAAAUCGAACUUGUAAUGUUCGGCUUCCCCAUCAACCAGGAAUACCUCCUCGACUUCGUGAAUCGAUACAAUCUCUUCCCGGACGCCAACGAGAUGGAUCGCACUUCCAAUGGUCUCAUUCACCUUGCGGCUGUCGCUGGGAUACAGUUGAACACAUGUUUCAUUGCUCUAAAAGAUGAUGGAAAGCACAACAGCAAAUCCCUCGAUUUUGCUGUUGUCAUUGCGUCCAACCGAACUCGGGCCCAUCUUAAUCGAAUGAACACCUACCCUCACUUCGAGCGCCUGGCACGAUUUCUUGGUCUCCCACCCGACGCCGCCACUUGGGUUUUCCCGGAAGAAAGAUCAUCACGGGCAGCACGAGCACUGAAGGAGGAAAGGAACAAAAUCAUUUGA